AUGAAGAUCAAGGGAUUAAUAUUGGCUUCUUCUCUCCUGAUUAUUGCAUUCAUUCAUCAUUCGGAAUCAGCUUCAAUGCGGAGUUUGCUGAUGAAGAAUGGAUCGUACGAAGAUGAAGAAGCACAAGUUCUAAAGUUCGACUCCACGGAGAUGAUCACUAACACUACAGCUGUGGAGUCAAAACGGAUAAUUCCCACGGGUCCAAAUCCACUUCACAACAGGUAACUUUGAUCAUUCGAGAACAAGAUAUGUUAUGCGCAUGUUGUUCUUUUUGUUGU